GCUCUCUGCGGCCACAUGCGGCAUCUCAGUCUUCAUGCUGCAGUAUAUCCUCACCCACAAGUAUGACGUCGGCGCCCUCUGCAACGGAAUUCUUGCUGGGCUAGUGUCCAUCACAGCUGGCUGUGGAAACAUGGACACUUUGACUACAUGGAAGUUUUUCGUCAACAAGAGGUCCUUCUUGGGGCAG